AUGGGAAACAACAAGGGUCGUUCUAAGGCUUGUAUAACAUGCUUGCGGCGCCGUGUCAUGUGUGAUCAACAGCGCCCGGCAUGUCUUCGGUGCACCAGGUCAAACUUCGUCUGUCUGGGUUAUCGGGAGAUGCUUUUUAUCGAUGCAAAAGCACAAGUCUUACGAAGGAUAGGCUGUACAUCUCAGUCGGUGCUAGGGAAUAAGACUCCCUCGUUAGAGGUGACCAAGGAGUACCAGACCGGUGGCCAUUUUGCACAGCCUGCUGGCCCCCGUCUUUUCUGUGAUUACGAAACAACUACCAUUUGGUCGGCGCCCUCUGAAGUGGCAAUGCGACAAACUCAAUUCAUAUCCUACCUUGUCGCAAGACUUGACGGCCCAAUGGAAACCAUAUGCCGUAGUCAGCUCUCACCAAGCUAUCACGCAGACUCCCUAGAACAAAUGGCCAGGAAACAGUGUUUUCUAGCCCUAGCAACAAGUUUCUAUGGACUUGCUCAUUCACAGCCACCUGUUGUACAUCACGGUAGACGACUAUAUCUUCAGGCUCUGAACAUGGUCAACAGAACCAUCAGCGGUUGUGACAGCACAGGAGUUUCGGAAACCCUCAGUUCCGUAGUUGCACUAUGUCUUCAUGAGCUUUUCUCAAUGCAUGGGGCCACAUCCAGAAAAAGCAAUCCACUCGCCGUCGCCCUACUUGAGGUCACUCGGCCCAUGAUGAUUGUGGCAGCUCUCUAUGCCCGCCGCCCAUCGUUAAUGGCACAACCAGACUGGAGUGCAAGAGCCAUUUGCGUACCAAACGAUUAUUUCCCACCUUCUCAUAGGUCGGCCCUUGCCUAUUUGCUGGACGCAUUAGCACAAAUCCCAGCACUGUAUCAUGAACAUGAUGCAAUUUUAUCAAGACAAUCCGCGAACUUACUCGGACAAACCACCAGUGAAAUCAACAGACGAGAAGCAUCAACAUCGGUCCAAGCCCUUUUGGGUCGUUCCCUGAGUCUUCGGGACGACAUUCACGUUCAAGAUGCGUAUUGGACAGCCUCGAACCCUAAGUUCAAACUUUUUAGCGUGUCUAGAGCCAUCGAAACUUCAACACCGCCCUAUCCUUGCAAGGAUAAGAUACAUUUUUCUUCUCUCCAGGCUGCAAAUGUCGCCACUUUAUAUGACGCUGUUGUCAUACUGAUCAACCAACUUGUUGUUUCGUCACUCUCACUUCUCCCCGGCAGUGAUGUCCAUGUCAUUGUGCAGGCAGAAGCAUCUGAGCAAACAUCAGCAGCCAUCAUACAUAUAAUCAAGAGCGUUGACUUCCAAUUGUCACCCCCCGGAAACUUCUAUCUACUCUUCCCUAUCCGCGUUGCGCACCGAGUGCUCUUACAAUCUCAAGUUCCACAGGACAUAGCCAAGAGAUUGUGGCUUGAAGGCGUCCUUUGCAGUAUUAAAGAAAGGGUCGGGACGUGGAUGUCAAAUGACUACAUCUUUGGCGCCGGAAAGUCUUAG